AUGGCUGCAUUUUGGCUCUUAGAUCUCUUAUAUUAUCUGUUUCACACUUUCACAUCUCCACACCCCACCCUGCUAUCCAUCUUUUCAAACGGAUUUCUUGUUCUUCAGAACUCAAAUUGUUUUAUUAUUAUUAUUUUAAUCUGUCUGCCUAUUUCUGCAGACAACCCUGAAGCAUUUGCAGAGAAAUGCAGUUCAACUCUGAGAGUGGAGUCCCUUACACACACACACACACACACACACACACACACACUCACUCUUUGCCCCUCCCACGGUUCAGAUAAAAAAGCUGGAAAACACAACAGUAAAAGUUAG